ACAGAAUGUGCUGUGGAAACUGAAGAUCCUACCAAAGAGGACGGACACUUCAUUUCCUGAUAUAUUGUCAAUACUCAUAUUUGUGGUUUAGUAAAUGUGGCUUAUGGUAAGUAUGACACCAAAUAUUUAUUACAUAAAACCCACAGAAGAGGUGGCCUUUCCAAUGACUGAGGAGGAAAAAAUCCCACCCCCCAAGAGACUGACACAACUUUCAAAAGAAGGGGAUGCAUCAUUAAGGAGAUCGUGCAGUGAGACAUUCUUCCAAAGGUAAAGCUACCCAGAAAAGGCGGACCUGGACACAGAAAGAGCCUUCCCGGGACAAAAACCCUGAAGAUGUACAGUUCGCUAGCUAAUGCCUCCAAGUGUGUUAGGGAUAACAACGUGACCUCAGUGGUGUUCCCCUACCUCUACAGCAUCAUCUUUGUAGUUGCACUGGCCCUCAACUCUGUAGCUGCUUGGAUCUUCUGCAACAUCCCAAACACCUCAACAUUUUUGGUCUUUUUAAAGAAUGUGGUGGCGGCUAACUUGUUGAUGACUUUAGCAAUGCCUCUGAAGAUUCUAACCGAUGCCGGUGUGGGACAGGGGCAACUGAAAGCCAUCUACUGCCGAUACUCUGCGGUCCUUUUCUACAUCACUAUGUACAUCAGCAUCAUCUUCCUGGGCCUCAUCAGCCUAGAUCGAUACAUGAAGAUAGUCCAACCUUUUGGAAAAGACUUCUUGCACCGGGUCAGGCUUGGUCAAGUGAUCAGCGCAGCUGUCUGGGUCACUAUCUGUUCUUUAGCACUCCCCAAUUCCAUUCUAAGUGACCAGCCAUUGCGCUACACUGGAGGAAUAAGGAAGUGUACCUCCAUGAAGGGUAAAGCGGGCCUGAAUUGGCAUGAGGGAUACAACUACUUCUGUCAGUUCAUCUUCUGGGGGACGCUGGCCAUGAUGGUGUACUGCUACACGUUCAUCAGCAAGAAGGUUUAUGAGUCCUACAAAGCAUCGAAAAGCAGCUCUCAAGCAGCCAGUCGCAGAACCAACGGGAAAGUCUUCGUGGUGGUGGUUGUGUUCUUCAUCAGCUUUGCUCCCUACCACUUUGUACGCGUACCCUACACUCUGACCCAGACCCGCAACAUGUUGACCUGCUGGGAGAAGAAUGCACUGUACAUCGCCAAAGAGACCACGCUGUGGAUGUCGGCUUUUAACGUGUGUCUGGUUCCGCUCAUUUACGUGUUCCUGUGUAAGGUUUUUAGGCGAAGACUCACAGCUGCAAUCAGCCGUCGGCAGAAGCAAUCCCACAUCGUCCCGUCCACGCAGCUGGAGAUGACAAACACCGGCACGUCUGUAUAACACUCUCAUCCAACACCGUUGAUAAAAGCUAAAACUAUCUGUUACCGUGUUAGGAAAUGCUUGGUAAAUAUAUCAUACUUGUAAGGUGAUGCUGAAGAAAGCUGUCCACUUCUGAUAAAACUGAAGUUUUGGCAGCAUCCUUAAGCUUGUGAUUAUAUCUCCUCUAAGGAUGCCGUUUCCUCUCACAAAUUGAGUCCACCCCUUUUUAUUUAGCAACCAUUUCAAUGGGGUAUUUGUAAAAGGGCUGUUUCAACUGCUGGGAAAACUGCUACUUUGGCAGUAUGGCCAGGGCAUUUACAAGCUUGGGAUUAUAUCUCCACUAUGGAUACCGUUUACUGUCACAAAAGUGAGUCCACUCCUUAUUAUUUAGCAACCAUUUCAAUGGGCAUUGAUGCACAUUAACAGUGUACAAAACGGGUUAUUUUCUGAAAUCAAUAAACCUGCUUCAGCAACUAAAA